UCAGAUCUAUUAUGGUUGGUAUGGGGGGGGGCAGUUCAGGACAGGUCUUCAUCUGUACCUAAAGGGGAAGGUCAGAGAAGUCCUGCAUAUACACACACGCACACGCACAUGCUCUGAUUACCCCAUCCCAUGGCUGGUUUGGAAUGAACCCUUUUACAACCCUGCUGUUGUACAGGUUAGGUAGGUGCAUCUUGGGUACCUUUUGCUCUGGCUCCACCCCUGGCUGAAAUGCAUCCAAGGUCUGAAAAUGGAUCCUGUCCCCCCUCCCCCAAACUUGGCUCACAUCUAUGGGAACUCCCAACACAUUAUGGUGGCAGCAGAAAGGCUGAUCUGGUACCCACAGGACAGUUCUGGUGGACUUGACUGAGUUGCCACAUGAAGUCCUUGGGGAACAGAACAAGUGGGUCUCGGCAUGCCAGGAAUUGGUGCUGGUGGUAGAAGGGAGGCAUGGUUUGAAGAGUCAGGGUUGCCAGCCUCAGCUUAACCCCACCUGCUUCUGUUGCACAUGGGGAGAACAAGGGUCCCGUGUUCGCAAGUGCCCAGUCAGAGGAAAGACAGAAUGAUCCAGCUGCCCCCAUCUAAAGGUGCAGAGCCACUAAGUACCGGGCUGCAGGUUCCAAUCCUCCUCGGCCUCAUUCCUGCUCAUUUGAACACUACCCCAAUUGGUUGCUGGACAUUCUUUUCCUCUAAUGAUGGCUGGCCACCAAGGAGAGCCUUCUUCUCCCAAAGGCUCUAUCUGGAGGCAACUGCCUUGCAGCUGGGUCAGAGAAUCAGCAUAAUUUCCUACUGUAACAUAACUCUCCAAAUGGUGUGGCCAGAAGCCCCAGCCAGUGGGGCUAAUAAUGCCUGGAAAUGUAGUUUGGCUGUAUCUCCAUGCUGCAUCUUCUGGGGCCUGCCCCAAACAGUCAGGACAAAAGUCCCUUUUCCCCUUGCACUUUGGUAUUUCACUGGAGGAGAUACAAAACCCAUCUUGACUAUGGCUCAUUUAAUCUCAAAAAUAAGUCUGUGGCCAGCCACAAUCUUGGCUUAGCCAGGCUGUCUGCAGCAAAGGAGGUCCCCCUCUGUUCAUUAUGCUUGGUCCCCAUGUUUUGUAUGGCUGCAGAUACCGAAUACUCCAGCAGAGGUGGAAAUCCCCAGCCACUUCUGAGAAAAAAAGCUUUACUGUAAGAAACGUGCUCACAGUGCACCUUGUGACCUUUCCAGGAACAGCUUUGCCGCUGAGGAUCUUCCAAGCUGAGGUUGCAGAAGGGCUCGGGGUGAAGAGCCAUCUCGCUCCUUUGCUUUUCAACUCCUUUCUAGCCGUUGGUGGAACUGACCAGGACCUCCAGGUAGGAGAUACAUAAUAGUGGGGGACAUCAACUAUCUGGACAUCUGUUGAAAAAGAAAGACAAGAACUGAGAAUUCCUCACUGGUCUUGCUGACUGCUUCAUUUUCCAGAAUGCUGAUGAGCUUCUACCAAGCAACUCAUACAGGCAUGUCUCUCAAUCUGGGGAGCUGAUUGCAAUGAUCCAUCAAAGAUGCCUCUGCACUCAAUGCGAAUGAACUCCUGACAGAAUGAAAAGCCCUCAAAAUUUCUGAGACGCAGAAGACAGCUUUCAGGAAAGCAAGUGAACCAGUACUAAUAGGAGGAAGGAAAAGAUGCUACUGUGCCAGACUGCUGUGUUGCUACUUCUCCUUCAGUACACCUCGGCUUGCCAGGACCUCACCUGCUUUGCUGACUACAUCCAGACGCUAGAAUGCACGUGGGGAGAUGGAGUCAGCCUUGCUGAGAGGGCUCUGUACAAUCUCACUGCAAACUGGGACUGUGGAGAAGGAGGGAGCUGCUCCUUCAACCUUACCUCCAGCAAUGCUACCCAUGCGCACUAUUCCUGCUUCUCAGAGCAGAAGUUGUGCUUUGGCAACAACAUAUUUGAUGUCAGCGUAACGAUGACCACGCUUGUGGACGAGCCUUCUCACCUUCUCCAAGGAUGCAAGAAGACCUUCCUCUUCCAGAAUCACAUUAAGCCAUGUCCACCAAUCCACCUGGCCGCAACCGUAUCCCUCACCGGCUACAACAUUUCGUGGGAGACAAGAUACCUGGAGCAAGAGUACAACUUCCUGGAUGGCAACCUGCAGUAUGAGUUGCGAUACAAGAAGAAAGGCCAUCCUUGGCAAGGGCAGAGCCAGAAAUCCCUCUUGCAAGACCUACGGAGCUUGUGGCUCUUGCCCCAGGAGUUUGAGGAGAAUACAGAGUAUGAGUUCCAGGUGCGAUCAAAGCCGGGGGAACAGUCUUCUUACCAGGGAACGUGGAGUGAUUGGAGCACCCAAGCUGCCCUCAAGACAAUGUACAAGGCCUCGGAGCAUGGUGGAGUCCAAUGGCCAGAGGUGCUCUUACUGGUGUUCAGCUUGAUUGCUGUCCUCAUGGCCUUCCUGGGGUGGCACCAGAGGUUAUGGAAGAAGCUGGACUGUUUCACGCCCAGCCCAGCCCCCUUCUUCCAGUCUCUCUACCUGAGCCACAAUGGAGACUUUAAGAAAUGGGUGGGCACCCCAUGCUCCGGAGCAACCCUAGAUGCCUUUGACUGGGGUGUGGUUGUGCCAGAAACAUUUGGGAUUGGACACAAGCACCUUCUCUUGAGCUGUGCCAAGGGAGAUUGGACUGAUGGCCAGAAUCUGCAGCCUCCAGUGUCUGUCCCCCUCCUGCCAGAAUGCUUGCAGGCUGUGGCCAAAGACUGCAGUGCCACAUGGGAGCAGGGGUAUGGCCACCUCUCCAUUGGCACAGUCACAGUGUCUGAGGAAUUUGCAAACUGCUGCCCCAGGUGCAGCAGUGCCAGUCCAUGCUGUGCCCUUGAGGAACUGCAGGAGGAGAUGGAAACAAGUGAGAGAGAUGCCUACCGUGGCCUGCAGUUGGGCGGCAGCAGCAGCAGCAGCAGCAGCCAUGGCCUGGUCUCUGGGCAUUUGCUGCCAGGGAAUGAGAUACCCCCCCCGGAUUCCUUUCCCUCUGGGUUGGCCCCCUGGGCAAGCAAUCCUCCCUUUGGCUGCCCUCUAAGGGCGGCAGAGGGAUUCUUUGGCCCACUGCCUGCCACCUCCCUCUUGAGUGCUUGCCUUUCCGCCCCAGCAGAGGAAGGCCUCUUCUGCAGGGGGCCUCUGUCUCCUGACUGGGAUGGCGAAAGCGACCCCGUCAAUGGCCUGGACCUCGACACCAUUGACAGUGGCUUUGCAGACUGCGACUGCAGGAGCUCUGGAGAGGGUGAGCUUGGAGAAAUGCCGGCAGGUUGCAGUUGCCAGUCUGAGCCCAACACGGCUGAUGGGGAACCCGAAAGAGAGGUCUUUCUGCUGCCAAGAUAUGUCAAGCAGUGGAUUUAGUCCCACAGUAUUUAGGGACUCAGCGGGCUGGGCAGGGGCUGAGGGGCCCAGCCCAAUGCAUCCCAUGAGCCUCUGCCAGCCCUUGCAGGAUGCUGCUGUACCAGAGGCCCGUGCUGUCUCACCUACUCACCUAAGGAAGGCCUUAGUCCAAACAUUGUCCAUGGAUAUUGCCUUUUCUCCUCAGCCCUCCCCAUUAGAUAGGAGCUAGGAGUUUUAAAAGCUAUGUGGAUAUGCCCCACACCAGAAAGUGCUCACCUGCCUGAGAAAAACCUUUUUUGUGAAAAAGUGUUGCUCUCCAGGCAAUGCUGGAAUUGGGUCUUGGGGCACCAAAGAAAAAUGGGAGUGGGGAGCAGGGCUGAGCUCCAGGGUUCCCCGCCUGCAAGCCGCAUCUGUCCUGUGCCUGGCAACCCAGGAUCAGGCACUCUCUUGGUCUUUCCUCCUUCCUUUAGGGCAAGCUGCAGUUAGACGGUGAGCCACUCCAAGCCUUUUGCUUCUGCAAAAACAGUGUUUUUGUUAUUAAAUUAAAGACUGUUUAGUUGAUAUUGAUACUUAAAAAGUAAGACUGUCCUACAAGAAUCAGGGUUUCCAAAAUGUCUGAGUGCCGUGGGACAGGUUGAUCUGGAUUCCCUUCCUGCCAAGUUUGAUGCUUUCUUAGACCAGCUCAGACGGACACCGACAACCUACUGACUGUGAAUAAAAGUUACAAGACUGCAGUCCUUUGUCCCAGAUGCCUUCAGACUCGGGCAUCCAGAGGCUACGCGGGAGGAGGUUGUGAUGUGUAGUGUGAUCGCAAUAUGUGAAAUAGAUAAAUUUGCCUGCACCAUUGCAGCACACACGUCUUUCUUCCUCAUGCAAGGAUUUUGUUGCUUAGUGUCAUACAUUGGACAGAAGCAUCAUUAACGAGAACAUCUUGGAUAUUUUUAAGCAAGUUCUUUCCAACUCAACAGAAUGUUAGGAAGGAAUGAUAUGAAAGGAUUUGGGGCCACCCUGAGAAAACUAAACAGGAGAUGACCAAAGUUGGUGUGGAAGGAGAAAUGGCAAAAGAAAGACUGAGUUUGAAAAUGGGCAUAUCAGACCAGGGACUGAAGGGGAGAGGAUCCAGAAAACCUCCCCCUCCCCCCCGCCCAGGUAUCUCAAUGCGAGAGGCAGCUGCUCCACAUUUUGGCAAGUGCUCCACUCUCAGCCCCCCCAGUCAUGUGACCCAGAGUGAGGCCCAUUCAGCCUGUCCUGUGCCCUGCAGUGCAGACAUAACAACACUUGGGGAGGGUAGCACAUUGCUUCUGGGUCAUCCCAGAAGAACAUGCAGACGCUUCCUAUGGUGUCUGCUGGUAAAGGGGUUAGAAAGAAUUCUAGGAAUCAUGCUCUGCAUGCUUUCCCUACCUCGUUCAUAACUCUGACAAAUUCAGAUUGCAGUAUUUUCAGAAAAAAUGUCAGCACAUUCUGAAUAAUGAACAUGGGCAGCAGAAUUAUAUCUCAUCAGAACUUUGGCCCAUCUAGUUCAGUAUUUGUCUGCAUAGGUUGAGACAAUAUAUCACACAUAGCUUGUUUGUAUUUGAUGUUUACUGAAUAUACCAGAAAAAAUAAUAGUCCAAACAAUAAACCACGGUUUAAAAUCA